AUGCUGCUGCCGCUCCUCCCGGCGCUCCUUGCCGCCUUCGCGCCCUUUUCUCCAUGCCGGGGCUGGUCUCCCGCGGGCGCUUCAGACUCGGGGCGGAAGGAGCUGCCCGAGCUCGCGCUGCCGCCCCUCAACUCCUCCUCCUCCGCCUCCUCCACCUCCUCCUCUCCCCGCUCGGCGCCGAAGACCUUCGCGACUGCCAGCGCCCCGGCGACGGACUUGCAAGAAGGAGGGGACGCGGCCCCUGAGGCGGCCGAGCCCCGCGCCACCAGCACGCCCGCGGCGGCGGCGGCGGCUGCCCCUUCGCCUGGGCCGCCCCGCCCCGCCCCGCAGCAGCAGCAGCAGCCCCGCGAGGAGCCGCCGUGCAACAUCAGCGUGCAGCGCCAAAUGCUCAGCUCGCUGCUGGUGCGCUGGAGCCCGCUGGGCUUCCAGUGCGACCUCGUGCUCUUUUCCACCAGCGGCAGCGGCGGGCGCGCCUUUUUCUCAGCCGCCUUCCACCGCGUCGGGCCGCCGCCGUUGCUCAUCGAGCCCGUCGGGCUGGCGGCCGGCGGCGUCCAGCAGGACCUGCGCCUGUGCGUGGGCUGCAGCUGGGAACGGAGCAGGCGCGUCGGCCGCCUCCGCCCGGGGACCCCCAACCCGCCGCCGCCGGCGUCGUCCCCGUCCUCCGCUGCCCUCUUCUCGCUGCCUGCCUCGGACCACGGACAACCCUGGCAGCAAGGGGAGCGGCUCCAUUUCUGCUGCCUGGAUUUCAGCCUGGAGGAGCUCAAGGCGGACCCCGGCUGGAGGAUGAACCGCAAACCCAUCGAGUCCACCUUGGUGGCUUGUUUCAUGACUCUGGUCAUCAUCGUGUGGAGCGUGGCCGCCCUCAUCUGGCCGGUGCCCAUCAUCGCUGGCUUCUUACCCAACGGCAUGGAACAGAGGAGGAGCGCCGCCAGCUCGGGAAGCGCAUCUGGAACAGCUGCAGCUGCUAAAUGACCCCCGCCCGCGCCCCUACCCUCCUUCGGCGCACCUUCGCUUCAUCUUGGUUGUCUGAUCUAAUCCAGGUCCUCUCGUUGUUGUGGGUACUAGUUGGGCCUCGGAAUUGGGGACCUAGCUCUGAUAAUUAUUGAUUUUGGGGGGUAAUGUUUAAAGGAAUAUAUUUUGUAGAUUACGUUAAAGCCAUUUUCUUUGGCGUUGAAUGCAGAAGACUAGACUAGGGUGGAAAGCUUGUAGCUGGAUCGGUUUCUCGCCAAUGAAUCUUUCGGGGAACUGCACCGUACCCCGCGUCUAGCCUAAUAUUAAAUGGAAUACUAUAGAUAUAUUUCUCAUGUACUCAAAUAUCUGAAAAAUGACCAAAACCUGUGUAUCUGCUUUAUAUAUUUAAAAAAAACUCUUUUAAUUCAAUAUUUUAGUAAAGAACGCACACACAGUGCACUUUGCAGUAGUUGUAAGUCAGAGUAAUUAUUUGUAUAUGAAUACACUUUGUCUUUGCAGAUUUUUAUUUACUAAAAGAGGAAACUUUUUUUGCAGAAUUUAAAUUUGCUAACACUAUAUAUAGAUAUAUUAUAUUAUAUUGUUGUAAGAGAACCUGGACUUCAAUCACUCUUUUACAAUGUGUGUGUUUCUUAUUAGAGAUAUCGUGUAACUUCCGCUGUCAGUCUGUUGAGUUACCAAUACAGAGAUUUUCUUUGUCAAAG